UGUUGUGGUCGGUCGGCAUCGUUGCAUGGUGUUUGAUGUUCAAGUGGAGGAAGAGAGGACUUGCUACAUAGGAGCGUUCAGCGGCUUCAGGGGGAAAAGAUCCAGCGACACAGCAGGCGACAUCAUGGGCAAAGUGCAGGGAGGGAUGAAAUGCGUGAAAUAUCUGCUCUUCGUUUUCAACUUCAUCUUCUGGCUGUCAGGCUUGUUGGUGCUGGCUGUGGGACUUUGGCUCAGGUUUGACCCAGAAAUAGUGGAGCUCCUGACAGAGGAUGGCGCCCCUGACACCUUCUUCAUAGCCGUGUACAUCCUCCUUGGUGCAGGAGGCCUGAUGAUGAUUGUUGGGUUCUUCGGUUGUUUCGGGGCUGUGCGCGAGUCACAGUGUCUUCUUGCAUCGUUCUUCGCAUGCCUCCUCAUUAUCUUUGGAGCAGAGAUUGCCGCCGGUGUGUUUGGAUUCUUAAACAAAGAGCAGAUCGUUGAGGAGGUCCAGAAGUUUUAUAGCAGCUCCAUUGCCGAUGUGCCCAGUUCCAGCAACUAUACCAUUGCAGACACUUACCACAGAACUUUGAACUGCUGUGGAGGUUCCACGUCGGACGUGUCCAAUGACAUGUGUGCAGACUUCCCAACAGAAACCCAGGACUGCCUCUCUGCAAUAACAGACUUCCUCAAUGAAAAGCUGCAUAUCAUUGGAUACACUGGGAUUGGGAUUGCGGGCGUCAUGGUCAUAGGAAUGAUCUUCAGUAUGGUGUUGUGUUGUGCCAUCAGGAACAGCAGGGAGGUUAUAUAGCUGUGCUUCUGCGGCGCAGGUCCAAGACGACGUGUGUAAAGGCAAAACGCAGCAUGGAUUCUGAUAUGACCACAUAUUGUAAAUAUCUGAUCUGGGACCACAUACUGAAGUGACAAAAAUGUGAUCUGAAAAUCAGAUCUAAGUCGCAUCACCCAAAAAAGUUGGAUCUGAGUCACUUUGAACUGGUAAUCUGAACGUAUCCCAACAAUCCCUUGUCCUAACUAAUUUAUACCAUCUCUAGUGUCUUGACUUCCUUAAUCAUACAUCGGUUUCAUGGUUUGUGUGUCAAGACACAAAAUUACAAAGCUUUCGGCAGCAAGCGUGUGGUCACAGGAUUGCUGUAGCUGUGGACUAAUAUACGCUGUCAUUUUUGGGGGGGACGCCCUCUUAACUCAGGGCCCCGGAUAGUUGCCUACAUUGUUGUAAUUCCCCUGCAGCCAGUCUGUAUAUAGGAAGGGAAAUACCUAGUGUAUGUAUAUCACAACUAUUAAGUUUUCCAACACAUCCCAGUUUACCACAUUCAACACAGUGGAUCGUCAUCGGCACACCUUCUGGACCCCACUCGCACCAAAAUGCUGAUUUGUUUCUCUCCAUUCUUUUUCCAUAACACAUGCUCCACUUUUGGCACGACUCUGUGACAUUCCCUGGUUAUAGCAUCCUUUUGUUCCACUGCCAGGCGCUGCUGCACUGCAGCCACACCAUGAUACACAAGGCCUUCUUUGACACAGGAAUGUUGUGACUGAGGAGUAUUUGCUGUAAAUAUGGACUCCUGCUCUUAACAUUAUUUAUUCUGUGCCCUCUGUAUGCAUUUCUCUGUAAUGUGAAGGCCACACGUCUUCAAACCCUGUGUGCUUAAAUGUUUUGAGGACAACCUUUGCAGAUUGAAUUUCCAUUAUGUGCCUAUUUAGUCACACGUACAGCUACUGAACUAUUUAUGUCUCCCUUGCCCUGUACAUAAAAACUGUGCUUGCUCCCUGUCACCAAUCUAAAGUAUUGCUACUUUGAAGCACAAUAGUGGAAGUUUAGAUAUGAUAUCAACCCAAAGGGUUAGGGAGGUCUGAUGAUAAACUGUACAUUUUUUAAACUUAAAGUAAAAGGUAAUGAGUUAACACCUUCUCCCAAGCUCCUCUAGAGCACGCGUGAACUGUAACAGUGAGUUAGUUUGCAUUUUGUGUGGAUUUGAAUCUUGUUGGUGUGCCAAUAAGAUGUGAAUUUUAGAGUAACAUUGCUUAUGUCAUACUGUUUAACAUAAUACAAAUAAAAAAACGUGGGUGCUUUUA